AUGUCUCAUUCAACAGGUCGGCGCUCAUUUUUUAAAGAUGUUCAACAGCUUUAUCGCACGAUUGACACCUCAACAGACGGUCAAGCCUCCAUAGUGUGCGUGAAUGAAUUGUCAGUGAUUGUGUCGUUGAAUCCCAAAUUUGGUCGCAAUGCCCACGCUGCGUUUAUUGUCAAUAUUGAUUGCUCUUCAGCCUAUCCCAAAGCCGGUCCUGAAGUCCGUUUUAAUACACCGGUCUUUCAUCCCAAUAUCUACAAUGGCAAUGGUAGCGUUUGCUUAAGUCUUCUCAAUGAAUGGCAUAGCUGUUACAGCUUAUUGGAUGUGGUCAAGGCCCUCAUCUACUUAAUUGAGCAUCCGAAUUUUGAGUCUGCAGAUGACGAAUUUGCAACGAAUGAGAAGCUUUACACGAAAAUGACAUUGCGGCUGCUGGCAGGUUUGCGUGUAAAUGGGCGGCGGUUUCCGCCUAACCAAGCCUGGUGUGAGUGGGCAGAGGCCAAUGGAUGCCUCCCGCUUGAUGACGAAGAACUUGAAGACGAUUCGAGCGACGUCGGAUAUGCGGUGCACGUGGAGGUCCAGCAGGAGCCAGACAAACGCAUUGAGUCUCUACCUGGCGUUGCCACCUACGCACAUGAUGCAAAUGAGAAGACCCAUCGCCGUUUCUCGGAUGUUUCCUCUGACACUGUUCCUUCUUUCGCCAAAAUACGAUUCUCUCUGGAUUCUGUGAGUUACACGUCGUCGUGUUCAUACUACGUGCAGGAUUACUAUUGCAACUAUUUUAAGGCCCAGCGUAUUCUCAUCGGCCACCCAAGUGUGAACAAAAAAAAUUCACCUCCUUCGGUAUUCUACUACAGCGAGUUCCUUGGUAAUCCUGAAUAUCGAGGUGAACUCGGUGAUCUCUACAGCACGCUGUUCGCUGGCGACGUCUUGCCCGCCAUGCAGGUCCACCCCGAAUCCAGACAAACCUCCUCUCUUUGUCCCUGGUACCACUUUUACCACAAUUCUUACCCCUCGUCCUGGGCCACGGAAUCUGUCUUCGAUCUGACCAAUCUGUUCACGUUGUCGGAACCACAGAGGCCUUCGUUGACUGCGGACUUUUGUCCGUGGUCCAUGCUGGAUGGACGAGGUACUCUAGACCUCUUUGGUGGGUUGUUUUGUGAAAAAGGAAUCUAUCCUCGUGGGAGUGAUUUUUCUCUUGAUGACGACGAUGGUGAAAAUCUGGCUGAGCUAUUUAGUGCAAGCCUUGCAAUGGGAGGCAACAGCAUUUUCGACGCAGAACUGGAAUAUUCACCUCAAAUUGUCGAAUCAAGUGAAUUGACUUUUGAUGCUGAAUACGAAGAUGAAGAAGAAGAAAUUGAACGUAGAAAAGUGCAUAGGCUGGCAGUGGUCGAAGCUGAGAUGCAAAAUAUACCUGUUAAUGGUGCUUCCUCAACGACUCCGUCGACAACUAAUCAUCGCACGCUAUCUGAAUAUCGACUUCCCGAAAACUCCUAG